AUGGUUCACUUUAGCAAAAUCGAAACCCUCGGGUUCCUCCAAGUCUUUGCAUCUCUAGGCCUCGCCUUCCGCAUCGGAAUCUAUGACAAAGCGUUGGAUAUAGAACAACCGAGGGGAAGAAUUGAACCCAGCUGGAUACUAUGUCACCCGAAGCUAGGUGUAAGAUGGGGUAUCUACGCGGCCGACAUGGACACCAAAUGCGACAAAAAAGAUGGUGCUGACGCCGAUCAAUGGACAUUCCAAGUCCCUGGCGACAGAAUGUUGGACAUGGGAGAAGAAAUCAGUAGAUUCUUUCUUACCGGUACUAAUUCUAAGUCUGUUGUGGAUAAGUCAACUGGAAUCAAAAGCCCCAGACCAGUUAUAACCUAUGAUUCCAAUAUCCAAAAUACUUUCUUCUCGUAUGGUUAUUACGAAGGUGGCUUUGUUGAUGCGCCAUUUACGCUUGUGAGGAAUGGUAAAAACCUAGCUCUCAGCGACAGUACAGCUGCAAAGACGGCAGAUCUCUUGGAUUUCGUCGGAAUUGGAGGAACUAAGGCCGAGCAACGUGUCUUGAGACUCCAAAGUUUCGGCGGGGAGGGUAGCUACUGGCAUAUCGGACGUGGCUCUGCACUGCCUGUUACGAAGACUACACCCGUAGUCGAGUUCCGCAUCAUUGGAGACCGCGGGAAGAAUAAAGAUUCCAUCUUCGAAGAACAAAAAAGUGAUACGAAGGGUCUUAACUUAGACUAUAUUGACAAAGAUGAGUAUAAAGUUUACGAGCAGAUGUUCCCUGAGCAAAGCAAACUCAGUACUUUUGGUCGAAUGGGAAAGGGGCUUUUCGGUAAACUCACCAAGUCUUUUGGAAAAGCUGGAGACAAAGUUUCAGGUAGUAUCAAGAAUUAUUUGGCCAAGCCGAAGGAUGUUGAGGGGGAAUUUAUUGAAGAGGAGGAGUUCAUUGGGGGUGGUGGUAAUGCGGAACCAACGUUUGAAAGAUUUGAGGUCGAAACAGUUCGUCGAAAGGACGAAAAGGGAAAUCAGUAA